AUCCUGACAGCAAGUGGAGAUGGGACUUGUGCUCUGUGGGAUGUUGAGAGUGGGCAGCUUCUGCAGAGUUUCCAUGGUCAUGGAGCUGAUGUCCUGUGCCUGGACCUGGCCCCUUCUGAAACGGGAAAUACAUUUGUCUCUGGGGGAUGUGACAAGAAAGCCAUGGUUUGGGAUAUGCGGUCUGGUCAGUGCAUCCAGUCAUUUGAAACCCACGAUUCAGAUAUCAACAGUGUCAGAUAUUACCCAAGUGGAGAUGCUUUUGCCUCUGGUUCAGACGAUGCCACGUGUCGCUUAUAUGACCUUCGUGCAGACAGAGAAGUAGCAAUUUACUCCAAAGAGAGCAUCAUUUUUGGAGCAUCCAGUGUGGACUUCUCUCUCAGCGGUCGCUUACUGUUUGCGGGCUAUAAUGAUUAUACCAUCAAUGUCUGGGAUGUGCUGAAGGGGUCCCGUGUAUCCAUUCUGUUUGGACACGAAAACCGCGUCAGCACCUUGCGGGUCUCCCCCGACGGGACAGCGUUCUGCUCAGGCUCCUGGGACCACACUCUCCGAAUCUGGGCUUAACCUGAGAUCCUGUGUGCAGAAUCAAAUGAAGACUGAAACCCUGGACUACAAAAACUGCAUAAAAUCCCCCUCAAAGCCAACUAUUCGCUACACUGCAAAAGAGUGGCACUGAACCCACAGGUUAACACAACUAGGUAGAAACUGUAAUCUGCUUGAACACAUAGGAAACAUCAA